AUGGCAAUCCAAAAAUCCCUCCUCACGGCUCUUGCGCUGCUUGGAGCCACUGCCCAGGCCGCUGGCGUCUCUGGAAAGGCAUUCGGUUUCGCGACUGGUACCACUGGUGGUGGAAGUGCCAGCGCCGCUUCUCCUAGUGACACUGCCGAGCUCACAUCGUGGUUGACUGACAGCACUCCCCGUACGAUUCUCAUCGACAAGGAGUUCAACUUCCUCGGCAGCAAGUGUAGCGACUGCAAAUGUUGCAAGCCCUCGUCCAAUACCUGCGGCAGCUCUGGUCAGAACGCGAUUGACCUUGAUUCCUCUGACUGGUGUGGUGACUAUCCCACUCUGACCUGCACUUAUGACAAGGCCGCUCUCGAGGGUAUCGAUGUUGCCUCGAACAAGUCCAUCGUUGGUGUUGGCAGCUCUGGUAUUCUUCGUGGUAAAGGUCUGCGUAUUCGCAAUGGCGUUAGCAAUGUCAUCGUCCAGAAUAUUCACAUCACCGAGCUGAACCCUCAGUACAUCUGGGGCGGUGAUGCCAUUACCCUGGAUGGCUCCGACCUGGUCUGGAUUGACCAUGUUAAGACCUCUCUGAUCGGUCGUCAGCACUUUGUUGCUGGUUACGAAGCUAGUGGUCGUGUCACUAUCUCCAACAAUGAAUUUGACGGUCAAACGAGUUGGUCCGCCACCUGCGACGGCCACCACUAUUGGACCGUUCUCGGCUACGGAAAGAAUGACAAGGUCACCUUCACUGGCAACUACAUUCAUCACACCUCUGGCCGUUCGCCCAAGCUCGAGUUCAACAGCUAUUGGCACGCCUACAACAACUACUGGUACAACAACACUGGCCACGCAUUCGAUGUCGGCGAUGGCACCAAUGCCCUGAUUGAAGGAAACGUCUUCAACCAGGUCGACACUCCCUUCCUGGAGGACAGCUCGCCCGGCCAGACCUACGCCGUCAGCGCCAGCGACAAGUCAUCCUGCGACUCUGCUCUCGGCCGCACCUGUGUCGCCAACACCCUCACCUCGUCCGGUGAAUUGUCCGCUUCCGACUCCUCUGUCCUGUCCAGCUGGCCAAAGGGUGAAUCUGGCAUCUCCGUCGUCGACACCAGUCGCGUCCAAUCUUCUGUCCUGGCAAAUGCCGGUGUUGGAAAGCUGAGCUCCAGCUCUAAGCGCCGCCGCUUCAACGCUCCUCCUCAGGGUGCCCCUAACCUCCCCAUCCACUCCUCCGCUGGUCCUGGUGCUGCCCCUACCGGACCUCCUCCCACGUGGUCUUGGAGGACUGUCGGUACCAAGCCUACCCCUCCUCCAUUCGGUGGUCCCAUUCCUGGUGGAUUCCCCAGUGGAUUGCCCAGCGGGUUCCCCACUCCCAGUGGAUUCCCUCUGCCCAGCGGUGGCCCUCAGUCGAGCGGUUUCCCCGGUGCGCACGGUGGCCACGGUCACCACCACCACGGUUGGGGUAACUAA